AUGGAAGUCCUAGGAUUACAACUUGAUCUAAUAGUGCUUCUUUCGAUAACCUUUAUAAGUUUUAUUUCUCUGCAGAGUCUCUCGUGCCGCAAGGUUGAUCCUCGAGAGCCAUCUGUGGUCAAACUAGGGGUUCCGUACUUUGGAGCACUCAUUGGCAUGGUGACUCAAGGUGGGAAAUGGCUGCGAGACCUUGCUAUACGCACGCAGGAUCCAAUCUUCACCAUUGCUAUGCCGUGGAGUCGCAUGUACGUCGUCACAGAUCCAGCUCUCGCAGCUUCUGUUCAGCGAAACAAGAAUCUGUCUUUCAGCCCCUUGAUUCCGGAAGCGACACAACGUAUACUAGGCUUAGACCAAGAAACCGUUAAGAUUGUGAGGAAAAACCUCAAUCGUGAGGAUAAUGUCCGUGGUUUUAUUCCAGAGAUCCACGACAUGGUGUACGCCUACAUGGCCCCCGGUGACUCCUUGGAUGAGCUCUCUGCAAGUGCCUCUAAGGAACUUGCCGACCUGAUUUAUGACUACGCAGGUGGACUGCAAAAUGCUGCCAACUCAUCAAAUAAGGAACAUCUUCUGAAGUUUUGCCAGCAUUUCGUCACCGUUGCUACAGCACGCUUCUUAUAUGGACCCGAAAAUCCAAUCGACACUGAUAUCGGCAAUGAGCAGGCAUUUUGGGACUUUGAUCAUGGCAUCGGCCUCCUUUUGGUCAACGUCGCGCCUUCAAUCACCGCCCGCAAGGCCUUCCGAGGCCGCGAGAAGCUUGUCAAGGCUCUUGAGACUUAUCUCCGUGAAGAUCACACUAAAACCGCGUCGAAACUCAUCCAAAAUCGAGUGGAGAUAUCGGUCAGACACGGCUGGAAAGUUGACAUGUUGGCGCGAGCAGAGCUCUCGUUCCUCUUUGCCGGCAUUGUAAACACGGCUAUAACUUCUUUCUGGCUUAUACUACACAUCUUCGCGCGCCCGAGACUGCUCGAUGAAGUACGAGAGGAGCUGCAGGCGGCUUUUGGCACCCUUUCGAUCAACAAGAAACGCCAAGCCCUAGACGCGACCAAGAUCCGAAACGAGUGCCCGAUUUUCAUGUCUGUGUUUCGGGAAACGCUACGUGUAGGCUCCGAAAACUCUUCCACCCGGAUCGUCAUGGCAGACACGGUGCUUGCCGACAAGUACUUUUUGAAGAAAGAUUCUGUAUUGCAGAUUUCUGGAGGUGCCAUGCAUGUGGAUCGGCGAAUAUGGGGAUCGGAUGCUGACGCAUUCGAUCCCUACCGCUUUACAGAGGAAAGGGUGAAAAAGCAGGACAAGAUCCAUCCGGCGGCAUACCGAGCGUUCGGUGGUGGUGCGACGCUCUGUCCAGGUAGACAUUUUGCUACGAACGAGAUCACGAGUUUCGUUGCGCUCGUCAUCAUGCUUUUUGAUCUGGAGCCGGUUCAUGGAGCUGAUUUUAGCAUUCCCCGGAAGCGUGAUAAUGUUCUACCAGUACACAUCUUAGAGCCCGUUGCAGAUGUCCAGUGUUUUUUUAAGUUAAGAACACGUAGUUGA